AUGGACAAUGAUAUCGGGAGCCUGGUUAUAGCCUUACUAUUAUUGAUUGUGUGGAUAAUUACAACCGCGCGCGGGCACUAUCGACAGUUGAAAGAGGUGGGACGGUCGCCGCCAGGACCGACGCGGUGGCCGGCGGUCGGUAAUAUUUUUCAACUUGGUUUGGUGGCACCUCAUGAGUCAUUUGUUAAGUUGGCUAAGAAGCAUGGCCCGGUAAUGACAAUCUGGCUGGGGUCAAUGAACACGGUGGUGAUUUCAUCAAAUGAGGCGGCGCGUGUAAUGUUCAAGAAUCACGACGUAGUUUUGGCGGGAAGGAAAAUAUAUGAAGCCAUGAAAGGAGAUUAUGGCAAUGAGGGCUCACUAAUAACGGCCCAAUAUGGUCAACACUGGCGGAUGCUACGACGGUUGUGCACCGCCGAGUUCUUUACAACAAGUCGACUCGAUGCCAUGCGAGUUGUUCGAAGACGUUGUAUUGAUCAAAUGGUACAAUUUAUACACGAAUCGGGUGGGUCGGGUACUACUGCUAUUGAUAUCAGGAGAUUCUUUUUCUUGAUGACUUUUAAUCUUAUGGGCAACCUCAUAUUUUCAAAGGACCUUUUGGAUCCGAAAUCCGAAAGAGGAUCCGAAUUCUUUUUCCAUGCAGGGAAGGUUAUGGAGUUUGCAGGGAAGGCAAACGUUGCAGAUUUCUUCCCAAUUCUAAGAUGGCUUGAUCCACAAGGAAUAAGAAGAAAGACGCAAUUUCAUGUUAAUCACGCUUUUGAUGUUGUUGGAGAAUUCCUUCGAGAAAGGUUGGGAACCAUGGAGAAUGAUUGUAUUCCAAAGAAGAUAAGAGAUUACUUAGACGUGCUUUUGGAAUAUCGAGGAGAUGGUACAAAAGAUCCUUAUACAUUUGGUUCUAGAACCAUAAACGUUAUCGUCUUUCCCACGCCUCCCAGCCUCUGCAAGAGACAUUUCCAACGCCGGUCGACUUCGAAAUUCCCGACGCCCUUCUACCUCCGCUGCCUGUCAAAACUGUGGCGCGACCCGUUCAUCUUGCCCCCUACCCAUAGCCUCAAAAUAAGGACAUCAGAUUUUCCAAGGGAGUAUGAUGGUGCAUGA